UUCUUGAGUAUGCGUCCCCUGUGUGGUCUCCCGGCAACAAAAAGCUCCUCAAUAAAAUCGAAAAAGUUCAGAAACGUUUUCUACUGGCCAUACUUAAUAGAGCUGGAAUUACCAACGUCACCACUCCCAAUAUCGCUACUGUUGCUUUGGAAAAAAGAAGAAUUAUCGCAGAUCUAAGCUUACUAUACGAUCAAGUUCUCACCAAAAACUCACUCCCUAACCCUGAUGCCUCACUCCUUUACUUUCCGGUGCCCUCUUCUUUUAGAAGAUCUUCACGCAAUAACCACCCAUGGUCAAUUGGACAUCCCCCAUAUCAAUCCAAUGCUCUAAGGUCCAGUUUUGAAUACCGAGUUGUUGAUGCUUGGAACAGCCUACCUGAAUGUAUGCUACUUCUUCGUAAACCCUCUUUCUGUAAACACAUCAAACAGCGUAUGUCUCCCGUCUCAAUAUAG